UGGGCCCACGUGAGGAUGCUUCUGUGUCUUCUUAUCUUCUCCAGUCUGGGUCUCCAAGUCUGGGGUGUCUCUUCCUGGGGCAAAACACAAGCUAAGCAGACAUCAGAGGGGCUGCAGUAUUUGUUUGGCAACAUCUCCCAGCUCAUUGAGAAAGGCAAACCCACAGAUGUCUCUGCCAUGAUCUCACACAAGGAGUGGGGGGCAGAGGCUGUGGGCUGCAGUACUCAUCUGACUACGCCAGUGGAUGUCCUCAUUAUACACCAUGUCCCUGGGCUGGAGUGUCACGACCAGACUGGAUGCAGUCAGAGGCUGUGCAAGUUGCAGGACCACCAUGUCCACAGCAAUGGCGGGUGUGAUGUGGCCUACAACUUCCUGGUGGGGGAUGAUGGCAGGGUGUAUGAAGGUGUGGGCUGGAAUGUCCAAGGGAUGCACACCCAAGGUUACAACAACAUCUCCCUGGGUUUUGCCUUCUUCGGCACUAAGGAAGGCCACAGCCCCAGCCCUGAUGCCCUGUUAACCAUGAAGGGCCUUAUUUCCUCUGCUGUCCAGAAGGGACACCUGGCAUCCAAGUAUAUUCAGCCGCUUCUUGUGAAAAGUGAGAACUGCCUGGUCCCUCAGCAGAAGGCGAGUCUGAAGAAAGCUUGUCCCAGUAUUGUCCCGCGGUCUGUCUGGGGGGCCAGGGAGGCCUACUGCCCAAGGAUGAACCUCCCAGCUAAGUAUGCCAUCAUCAUCCACACUGCUGGGAGGACAUGCAAUGUGUCAGAGGAGUGUCGCCUGCUGGCCCGGGACAUCCAGUCCCUCCAGGUGGACAGAUUCAAGUUAUGCGAUAUUGGCUAUAACUUCCUCGUGGGCCAGGAUGGCCUCCUUUACGAAGGGGUGGGCUGGAACACCCAGGGCUCCCGCACCCCUGGCUACAAUGAUAUUGCUCUGGGCAUUGCCUUCAUGGGCACCUUCACAGGUUCCCCACCCAAUGCUGCGGCACUGGAAGCAGCCCAGGCCUUGAUCCAAUGCGCCGUGGUCAAGGGGUACCUGGCUCCUGACUACCUGCUGGUGGGCCACAGUGAUGUGACCAGCACCCUGUCCCCUGGGCAGGCUUUGUACAACAUCAUCAGCACCUGGCCUCACUUCAAGCACUAA